AUGUCCGCUAGAGUCCUAUCACGAAGCUCGAGAGCUGUACUGCCGCUCCCUCCCCGACCAAUUGGCAAGCUGGUCUGCCAAAGAAGUACACCUAUACCCGCAUCAUACCACACUCCCACACCAAUUCAUGUAUACCCAUCGUCACCACACCGAACCUUCACAACCAGCCCGUCCUGUUUCAAGAAAACCGGCAAGGUCAACCGCUCACAUGCCUCCACCGACUCCUCCCCCCCAGUCGAGGGCGCCGCAGCCCCGACGUCCACAGACGAGGCCUUCGACUUCUCGACUCUCGAAGCAAACAUCCUGAGAGCAAUCGAAAAACUCACACACGACCUCUCCCAGCUGCGCGCCGGGGGGCGCUUCAACCCCGAGAAGCUGGAGUCGCUGCGCGUGACGCUCGUGAAAGGGAGCAAAGAGACUGUGCGGCUAUCCGACAUCGCGCAGGUGGUGCCGAGGGGGAGGACCAUCAGCAUCAUUGCCGGCGAAGCAGAACACCUCAAGCCCCUCACCUCCGCCAUCGCCUCCAGUCCCCACAACCUAACCCCGCAGCCCUCCCCCGACAGCCCCACCACCCUGCUAGUGACCGUCCCCCCACCGACCGGCGAAUCCCGCCAACAAGCCCUCGACGCCGCACACAAGGCGGCCGAAACCGCGAACCUAGCCGUCAAGAACGCGCGCGCCGCGCACCAGAAGAAGCUCCGGAGCCUGGAGAAGGGACGGAAGGUCCGGCCGGACGACCUGCAGAAGGCGCAGAAGGAGAUGGAGGCUGUUGUUAAGAGGGGCGGGGAGGAGGUUAAGAGGAUUACGGAGGGGGCGAGACGGGUGCUUGAGGGGUAG